AUGGCCUCCAAGUUGAAGGAACGGAAACGGAUUCCUGUUUCCCACAAAGUGAUCGAGAAAAGGAGGAGGGAUCGAAUCAAUCGUUGCCUUAAUGAACUCGGGAAGACGGUGCCAAUGGCUUUGGCAAAACAGAGUUCCGGCAAGUUAGAGAAAGCUGAGAUCCUGGAGAUGACGGUCCAGUACCUGAGAGCUCUUCAUUCUGCGGAUUUCCCUCGAGGAAGAGAAAAGGCAGAGCUUCUAGCUGAAUUUGCCAACUAUUUUCACUAUGGCUACCAUGAAUGCAUGAAAAAUCUCGUUCACUACCUGACCACAGUAGAGCGAAUGGAGACCAAAGAUACCAAGUAUGCCCGGAUUCUGGCUUUCUUGCAGUCCAAAGCUCGCUUUGUCACUGAACCGAUCUUUACCUCCCUGGGAUCUCUUCCAGAACUGGACUUUUCCUACCAGCUCCCACCAGCUCCAGACUGCUUGAGUCACAGCCCCAAUGACUCUGUUUUCCAACAGGGAUCUGGGCAUGGACACUUCUCCUGGCAUGGCUCUUCCAGGAGCCCCACUAUCCCUUACCUGCCCAAUACGGCUAUGCCUCUCGCUAGCCCUGGACAGCAGCGCAGCACUUUCCUGUCAUCAGUGCAAGGUCUGGACCGCCACUACCUCAACCUGAUUGGCCAUCCCCACCCUAAUGCAUUCAGCCUAUCUGCUGGUCAGCAUCCAUCUGUGCUAUAG